ACCGCAAAGAAGCCCAGCUCAUCAACAGCCAUGGCCAUGAGAGUGCAGAAGAUGGUGUGUGUCUGGGGCAGGCUCUGCCUGCUGCUCUCCCUCCUCCUCCAGCUGCCGGGCUCCCAGGCCAAAUGCUACUUCCAGGCUAAAGCUCCCUGUGAGUACGAGGGGAAGCAGUUCUCCCUCGGGGAGUCGUGGCUGAGCACCAACUGCCUGCUGUGCACCUGCCUGCACCCCAUCGGCGUGGGCUGCUGCGAGACCACCCAGCACCCCAUCGACUUCCCUGACUGGUGUGAGGCCCACUACGACUCGCAGACCUGCCAGAUCUCGGUGGUGCAGAAGGCCAACCCCAGCCUGCCCUGCGUGAAGAGCCUGGAGCACGAGUGGGGCUCGGCCGGCACCCCCGAGCCGCUGCACAACAAAGUGCUGGGCGCGGGGCUGAGCAGAUAGAGGCCCGGCGGUGUCCCCACGCCCCCAGCAUGAACCUCCGUAGUCCAGAGCGCACUUCCUGCAUGUCCCAGACCUGCCCCAUCCUGUAGAGACAUCACUACAGCCACCUUUGAGGGAAACCACUAUCCAUACACUAUUGUACUGAA